ACUCUCGUCCGUAUCCAUAAAAAGAAUAUUUACCAAACGUAACCAAAAUUUACUGCCAGCCCGGCGCCAACCCUUGCAACACACACACACACACACACACACACACACACACACACACACACACACACACACACACACACACACACACACAUUCUCUCUCUCUCUCUCAAUUUUAGUAGUAUUCCCUCUAAUUCAUCACAUUCCACUUUAACAAAUCUAACGGGGCAUAUUUUAAGGGAUUACAUACAUAAGAAAUAUUUUAACCCAACACUAGAAAGGAAGGAAAACAGAGAUGAAUUUGAUAUGGGAGAAAAAAAAAGGAGAGAGGGAGGGAGGGAGGGAAAAGGUGAUAAUUUGCAAGAGAGAGGAAAAGAAGAUUAGGGAAAUAGAAAACUUAAGGAUAAAAUGAGGAAGAGUUAAUCUGACCUACAUAUCCUUAGCCUGUUUCAAAAGCCCCUCGUAGAAGUUCCUGGGGUUUUCAUGGCCUGCUUUGUGAUCCCAGCAAUAGUUUAACACGACUUCUGCGACGGGAACAGAAAAACCAUCCAUGAAAACCCAGUUAAUCUCCUCUGUGACCUUGAAAAUAGUCGUAACAAGACCCUGAGACUUGAAAAUGUGGACCUUGGAGUUUUAUACCUGGGUAACAUACUAGAAGUCAGUGGGUAACAUAGUAGUUUGACCCUUCUCCUGUACAAUAAACGUGAAAAAGCUCUCAUAAGGAUCCAAUUAAUCUCCUUUUCGACCUUUGGAAAUAGUUUUAAUGAGGCGCGGAAGCGUUCGAGAAUACCGAAGCUUCAAACGGUUCAGCUUCGCGGUUCACUUUUUCGUCAGGGAGGGAGAUGCGCGGCGGCCGGGUGACGCAGGUAUGGAGGUCAGUGGGCAGGUGAGGCUGUGUUCCUGUGGCCAUAAAACCCCUGCUACUCUACUGCAGACUCGUCAUGGGCCGCUGGAAGAUAAAGAUCCAGGUUCCCUCCAUGAAGGCCACCGCAGCGCCGAGACGCACCUGCCCCAGCCUGGCCCUGCACACCCCCAGCACCCACUCCUCACUGGCCCACUCAGAAAUCCCUGCUCCUGGCUGCUGACUGGAGUGCUGAGGCCAGUGACUCGGGUGCCUCGCUGGUUCUGGAAGAGUCACAGCUCAAAGGUAAUCUGCCAUUCAUGCAAACCUCUCAGUCGUACUCUGAUUAUAUGGUACCCAUUUAUUGACCAGCCCAAAAGGGAGGAUGAACAGCUGGGUGGGCUGUGUGCUGACUGCCCUGGCAGGGAUUCAAACCCACACCCACAGAUUCACAAUGAGCCAGACAUUCUAACCACUUCACCACAGAGGCACAAUGUGAAGCACACCACAUCGUAGCUGACUUGCUCAGCUCCCUCGGCCAAGCCACUGCUGGGAGCAUGUCGGGAGGGCAGGGUGAAAGCGGCGGUGGUGCCGGUGCAGGGCCUCAGGUGUUGCCAUCCUGGGUGGUGUCCUUGCGUUGCUGCUGCUCCUUGGCUGUCACCACCUCCUCCAGCUCCUUGUCCACGCGCUCCUUGGCCCGAACCACCUGUGACCAAGGCAAGAGAGCAUGUUGGCAUUACUGUCACCAGCUCAGAAAGGGUCAUGCCCAGCUUCUGGUUGGCUGCUGAGUGCCGAGCGCCUGCCGCCCCGCCUCCUGCCCGCUGUGCUGCCGCCUGGCUCGCUGCAAUACAACGAAAGCAACACUCCGCUGUGACUCAAUACUGGUUGGACUGAGGACGAGGUGACUGAAAAGUGAACUAAAAACUGCAAUAUUCACCAUAUAUAUAUAUAUACACAGAAAACCCUUGCUUUAAUGAGCCAAUUGGGGGGAAGGGAGUGACAUUACAGCGUGAAAAUCUGUCAUCCGAGGGAUCUGAAUAUUUGGUUCAUAACUUACUUUGUUCAUUAUUUGGGCUAAAAGUUUGCUAUUUCUGACUGCUUCCAUUCAUAACUAAGCUUGUUUGUUAUAUUUGAUAAUUACUCACUGGCCACUAUGUUACACUGACCAACAUACACAUAGUACACAUGCUUGGCCAGCCCACCACCAAACAUAACCCAGCAAUUACCAAACUUGUUUAGUAAAUCUCCGCACCUACCAGAAAGGCAACAAACUAAGUCUUGGUUGAAGUAAUACCAAACUAAGUCUUGGCUGAAGUAAUACCAAACUAAGUCUUGGUUGAAGUAAUACCAAACUAAGUCUUGGUUGAAGUAAUACCAAACUAUGUCUUGGCUGAAGUAAUACCAAACUAAGUCUUGGUUGAAGUAGUAUGAAGAUGUAUCAACUAAACAGUGUAAUAAUUAACCUUACAAUGUGA